CCCAACGCUAUUAUUCGGAAUCGUUUUCUGUAGCGCCAUCACACGGAAAGCGUGGGGACAAAAUCAUUCACUGAAUAUCUUAUAAAUUUGUUUAUUCACUUUAUUUCUGCAAUAAUAUGCCACCAAGAAAAUCUCGUGGAAGGGGUAAGGGUCGAGGGAAAAAGAAGGCAGAAGAGACACACGAGGAAGUAGAUAAAACUGAUGAGAGCCAAGAUGACUCAACUGUUGAUGACUCCCAGACAUCAGAAAAUGAUACAUCUGUUAAUGCAUCCAAUGAAGAGGAGCCUACAAGUACAGAGGACAGUCGGGAUACUGCAGAGAAAAUGGAUGACGAUUCAGCCAAUGAGAAUGGUGCUAAGAAGCGAAAGGCUGAAAGUGAUGAUGAUGAGGAAGAGGAGGAGGAGGAAGAGGAGGUUAAAGUAAAGAAAGAGAAAAAAGAAAAAAAAGAGAAGAAGAAGAAUAAGAAGGUCAAGAGAGAAGAGCCAGAGGAAGACUCAGAAGAAUCAGAAAAACCGAUCACUCUGUUUUGUGGAAACUUGGAUCCAGAUCUUACAACGGAGUCAUUGCAGGCAUUCUUUGAUGCUGAAGGCAUUGAUAUUACCAACGCAAGAAAAAUUAGCUUCAAGAGAUUUGGAUAUGUGGAUGUGAAGCCUGAAGAUCUGGAUAAAGCUCUUGAACUCAGCGGCAAGGAAUUGAAUGGGGAACCAGUCAGGAUUGAUCUAUCAAAACCCAAGGCUGGCAAUGAGCCACAGGAAAAACAAGUUACAGGAGGUGACUCCAAGACCCUGUUUGUGAAGAACCUUGUGGAGGACAUUACUGAAGAGGAAAUCAGAGCAUUCUUUGAGGGGGAAACCAUUACAGAGAUCCGCCUACCCAAGAAAUACAAUGGAACCAGCAAGGGGUUUGGCUAUGUGGUGUUUGAGAAUGACGAGGCAGCUGAGAAGAUGAUGAAGGAGAAGCAGGGAGCUGAGCUGAAGGGAGAGAAGAUCUUCCUUGACUACACCAACGAGAAGAGUCAGCAUUCACAGGGAUCCAAGAGCAAGGAAUUCGGUCCGUCAAAAGUGCUGUUUGUGAGAAAUCUGUCCUUCCAAGUGACAGAGGAUGAGUUGAAGGAAAUCUUUGAAGGCAGCAAGGCCUGUAGAAUUCCACCAAAUGAAUAUGGGCAGUCUAAAGGGUUUGGGUUUGUUGAGUUCGAGAGUGUGGAGGAUGCAGAGAAGGCUAAGGCUGAGAAGGAUGGCCUGGAGAUCCAGGGCCGUGAGGUGCAGCUUGCCUUUGCCAACGACAAACCUGGAGGAUUCAUGGGUGGUGGUGGUUUUGGAGGCGGCGGUGGUGGUGGUCGUGGUGGCAGGGGUGGGUUCAGCCCUCGUGGUGGAUGGGGUGGUCGACAAAAGAAAACACAGCGCUACUAAAUCAAGAAUGUUGUUACUCCACCUGUGGUGGUCGUGGUGGCGGUGGCAACUGGGGGUUCCAAGGUCGGGGAGGUAGAGGGUCCAAGCGCUGGUAGACCUCUCUCAAACCAUCAUGUGUUGUUGUCAAAUCAUUUUUUGUUAUCAUUAUCUUUUAAAUCAAUUUUAGCAUGUAAAUUUGUUUUUGUCUUAUGUUUUUACAUUUAUAUUUUUGAGUUUGUAUUUGAAACUAAUUAUUGUUCAUAACAGACUUCUGUUUAAUCUCAUUUUAUUACUGUUGUGUGUCUAAAGCAGAUGAAACUAUGAAUUAUUUUCAUGUAAUAAUAGAUUUUGCAACAGAUGAUAUGAAAUUCAUGUGUUUUCACCAAUCAUGACAUCGCCAACCAAUUUGCUUUUCAUACAUAUACUGGUAUAUGUUGUCAUUUUUUCCAAUACAAAUAGAUUGAUAAAGAACAA